AACCGAUCGGCUUGGUGAAACUUGUUGAUUUACAUUAAACAUAAAGUAAAAGUCAGGCUAUAAAAUAAAAGAGUAGUCUAUUUCAUUGAAGUACUGGGAAAAAAACUCACUCAUAUAUUUUUCUGAACCAAAGACAAUGGUGAAGGAAGAGGAAGACUCAUCCAACCGGCCUGACAACACCGCCUUCACCCAGCAGAGGCUUCCAGCAUGGCAGCCCAUUCUUUCUGCAGGGAUCGUGAUCCCAGGGUUUGUCCUCAUUGGCCUGGCGUUCAUCGGCAUCGGCGUGGGUCUGUUUCUCACUUCACGGGACAUUCAGGUGUUGGAGAUGGAUUACACUGGGGCUGACGGGAGUUCACCCUGCAGCGUUUGCUAUAACCUAGCAGAUAAAAACUGUGUUUGCACCAUGAGCUUCUCUAUUGACUCUCUGAUUAAGGGACCUGUUUUCUUUUAUUACGGCUUGACCAACUAUUUCCAGAACCAACGGAGGUACGGCGUCUCCAGAGAUGACAAACAGCUGUAUGGAGACACGAGUAAUUUCGCAUCUCCCAACAGCGAAUGUGCACCCUAUCAGUACAUCUCCAACGUUCCAAUUGUGCCAUGUGGCUCGGUAGCAAACAGCAUGUUCAAUGAUACCUUUGAGCUGUUUAAGAACGUCAAUGGCCAGUCAUUGCCGGUGCCUCUAGACGGUAAAGGAAUCGCUUGGUGGACGGACUACAACGUAAAGUUCCAAAAUCCGAAUGUCACGCCUCUAAUUAACGCCUUCAAUGGGACUGUCCGGCCCCCGUUUUGGUCAAAGAACGUUUACGAGCUGGACACAACCGACGCAUCAAACAACGGUUUUAUCAAUCAAGACUUCCUGGUCUGGAUGAGGAGAGCAGCCCUGCCAGAUUUUCGAAAGCUGUAUCGACGGAUCACAGAUGGGGACUACUCAGCGGGUCUACCAGCAGGAAACUACAGCCUUAAAAUUCACUACAACUAUCCUGUGAAUGGUUUUGGUGGGAAAAAGAAGGUGGUGUUCAGCAAUGUCAGUUGGAUGGGUGGAAAGAACGAGUUCCUGGGCAUCGCCUACCUUGUGAUUGGAUCCCUGUGUGUCGUCAUGUCCGUAGUUAUGCUCAUCGUCUACGCGAAGUUCAAGUUCCCUGAAGACAACUGAGUGUUUGUUUAGGGAUGGGUGUUAUUAGAGGAUUCCCAGUCUUUUUUUUUUUUCUUUCUUUCAUAAAGAGGAUUAGGUUGGUGCUCACACAUAUUGUCUUAGGUACUGAUCUGAAUAAGCUAGGCAUUCAUUUUAUUGUGCGUAUUUUACCACUGGAGCUUUUACGACAUCUAUAUUAUUCAACUUGUCUGCCGUAUGUCUUAGAAAAGUGUAAAAAUAACAGUAAAGUUGGGGAAUUUUUGUUUUUAAAAUUUUUGUCCAUUUACAUGGAAUGACUUUGAAAGGUCAAUCAAGUUAAAGCCAUAUUUUACAUAUGAAGCCAUUGACGCUGGUCAGACUGUUACCUUUUAAUUGUAACUUUCUGUACAUUUUGUAAAUAUGCAAAUUCCAACUCAGGGAUACGGUUUGUGUUUAUUUAAAGCAUUUUAAUGUUUGAAAUUUGAGUUUUUACUUUAUGAUGUAGAUAUUUCUUGAAUUAAACAUCAAAGCUAUUGUUUCA